UUGCCUUUCGCAUAGAUUACCACUAUCAGUUAUUUCGAAUAAUUAUACCAACUUAACUACUAAAAUAUUUUCUUAAAUACCUAUUCAUUAUUACUGAUUGUCACACAUUCUUAUCGUCCAUAAUAAUAAAUAACAAUGGCCGAACAAGAUAAAAUGAAAAGGUUAAAGAAAAAUAAGGCUUCAAUGAAAAGUAAGCUUACUCAAUUUGAAACUUUUCUAACGCUCGCUUCGUCUUAUGGAGCCUUGAGUGACCAGCAUUAUUCCGAGCUUCAGUUACGAUUAUCCAAAAUCGAAAAUUUAUACCAGGAUUUCGAUCAAUUACAGGGUGAGCUCGAGGAACUGUGUGAUCCUCCUGAGGAGCAGUACGCAGACCGACAGCUCUUCGAGGACCAGUAUUACCGACUGGUUUCCACCGCCCGUCAGCUCGUUACCAGCCACGACGCGAGUAUCAACCACGGCCAGUCAGGAUCUGCAACAAGCUCGAAUCCAGCGCUGGUGAAAGUUCUAGACAAGAAGGGCAACCAACACGACGCCAGGCUCCUAUUGGACAACGGCAGUACGGCCAACUUCAUUUCUCAAGACCUCUGCAGCAAGCUGGGGUUGUCGAGUCGGGCCACGCACUCCACGGUGUCAGCUUGCUGA